GAGCAGCAUGAGCGGCGCAGACCCGAGCCAGGCUGCGGGCGCGGGCCCUGACUCGGACCUGGGCCGGAUGGCGGUCGCCUCAGCCUACCAGCGUUUCGAGCCCCGCGCCUACCUCCACAACAACUACGCGCCCCCUCGUGGGGACCUGAGCAGCCCGGACGGCGUCGGGCCUUGGAAGCUGCGCUGCCUGGCGCAGACCUUUGCCACAGGUGAGGUAACUGGACACACCCUCAUUGACAUCGGCUCAGGCCCCACCAUAUACCAGCUGCUCAGCGCCUGUGCUCACUUUGAAGACAUCACCAUGACAGAUUUCCUGGAGGUGAACCGCCAGGAGCUGGGGCUCUGGCUGCGGGAGGAGCCGGGGGCCUUCAACUGGAGCGUGUACAGCCAGCAUGUCUGCCUCAUCGAAGGCAAGGGUGAGUCCUGGCAGGAGAAGGAAUGCCAGCUUCGAGCCAAGGUGAAGCGGGUCCUGCCCAUUGAUGUGCACCAGUCCCAACCCCUGGGUGCUGGGAGCCUGGCACCUCUGCCUGCUGAUGCCCUGGUGUCCACCUUCUGCCUGGAGGCUGUGAGCCCAGACCUGACCAGCUUCCAGCAGGCCCUGGACCACAUCACUACUCUGCUGAGGCCUGGGGGGCACCUCCUCCUCAUCGGGGCCCUGGAGGAGUCAUGGUACCUAGCUGGGGAGGCCAGACUGGCGGUGGUCCCUGUGCAUGAGGAGGAGGUGAGAGAGGCCCUCCUGCGCAGUGGCUAUGAGGUACGGGACCUGCGCACCUACGUCAUGCCUGCCCACCUGCGGACCGGCGUGGAUGAUGUCAAGGGCAUCUUCUUUGCCUGGGCCCAGAAGAAGGUGGGAGUGUGAGAAGGCCAGUGUCCCCAGUGCCAGGGUGGCCCCCACCCUCCCAGAUUCCCUGAGGUGGCACCUAAUAAAGAAAACAUCCUCUGC